AUGGCACCCAGCAUUGCCCCCCUGUAUACCCAGUAUUACCUGUAUGGUACCCAGCAUUGCCCCCUGUAUACCCAGAAUUACCUGUAUGGGACCCUGCAUUGCCCCCCUGUAUACCCAGUGUUACCUGUAUGGGACCCAGAAUUACCUGUAUGGGACCCAGCAUUGCCCCCCUGUAUAUCCAGUAUUACCUGUAUGGGACCCAACAUUGCCCCCCAGUAUACCCAGUAUUACCUGUAUAGUACCCAGUAUUACCUGUAUGGGCCCCAGCAUUGCCCCUCUGUAUACCCAGUGUUACCUGUAUGGGACCCAGAAUUACCUGUAUGGGACCAAGCUUUGCCCCCCUGUAUACCCAGUAUUACCUGUACGGCACCCAGCAUUGUCCCCCUGUAUGGGACCCAGCAUUGCCCCCCUGUAUACCCAGUAUUACCUGUAUGGGACCCAGCCUUGCCCCCUGUCUACCCAGUGUUACCUGUAUGGGACCCAACAUUGCCCCCUGUGUACCCAGUGUUACCUGUAUGGGACCCAGCAUUUCCCCCAGUGUUACCUGUAUGGAACCCAGCAUUGCCCCCUGUAUACCCAGUAUUACCUGUAUGGGACCCAGCAUUACCCCCCCUGUAUACCCAGUAUUACCUGUAUGGGACCCAGAAUUGCCCCCCUGUAUAUCCAGUAUUACUUGUAUGGCACCCAGCAUUGCCCAUUGUAUACCCAGUGUUACCUGUAUGGGACCCAGCAUUGCCCCCUGUAUACCCAGUAUUACCUGUAUGGGACCCAGAAUUGCCCCCCUGUAUGGCACCCAGUAUUACCUGUAUGGCACCCAGAAUUGCCCCCUUUAUACCCAGCAUUACCUGUAUGGGACCCAGCAUUGCCCCCUGUAUACCCAGUAUUACCUGUAUGGGACGCAGCAUUGCCCCCCUGUAUACCCAGCACUACCUGUAUGGGACGCAGAAUUGCCGUCCUGAAUACCCAGUAUUACCUGUAUGGGACCCAGCAUUUCCCCUUGUAUGGGACCCAGUAUUACCUGUAUGGGACCCAGUAUUACCUGUAUGGGACCCAGCAUUGCCCCCCUGUAUACCCAGCACUACCUGUAUGGGACGCAGCAUUGCCCUCCUGAAUACCCAGUAUUACCUGUAUGGGACCCAGCAUUGCCCCCUGUAUACCCAGUAUUACCUGUAUGGGACCCAGAAUUGCCCCCCUGUAUAUCCAGUAUUACUUGUAUGGCACCCAGCAUUGCCCCCUGUAUACCCAGUGUUACCUGUAUGGGACCCAGCAUUGCCCCCUGUAUGGGACCCAGAAUUGCCCCCCUGUAUGGCACCCAGUAUUACCUGUAUGGCACCCAGUAUUGCCCCCUUUAUACCCAGCAUUACCUGUAUGGGACCCAGCAUUGCCCCCUGUAUACCCAGUAUUACCUGUAUGGGACGCAGCAUUGCCCCCCUGUAUACCCAGCACUACCUGUAUGGGACGCAGAAUUGCCGUCCUGAAUACCCAGUAUUACCUGUAUGGGACCCAGCAUUUCCCCUUGUAUGGGACCCAGUAUUACCUGUAUGGGACCCAGCAUUGCCCCCCUGUAUACCCAGCACUACCUGUAUGGGACGCAGCAUUGCCCUCCUGAAUAUCCAGUAUUACCUGUAUGGGACCCAGCAUUGCCCCCUGUAUACCCAGUAUCACCUGUAUGGGACCCAGCAUUGCCCCCUGUAUACCCAGUAUCACCUGUAUGGGACCCAGCAUUGCCCCCUGUAUACCCAGUGUUACCUGUAUGGGACGUAG